UUCAUUAAUUGUAUCCGCUCUUGGCGUGGGGCUUCUUCGGUUGACCGUCCGUGAAACGUGCCCUUUUCCCUCUUCUUCCUCCUCCUCCUCGCGAUCAAAUUAGCCCCGAACUGCGAGACCUCUAUUCCGAUCUAGGGGAGAGGAGGGAUGGUGGGGCACGCGCAUAGGAUCCCGCUCGAGGUGGUGACAUCGAUGCUCGAGAUGGCGGACUUGGCCUGGGUUGCUCUUGAGCACCGGCGCGGGGGCAGAGCCGGGGACGCCAAGGAUGAUGAGGCCGCACAGCUCCGGGCCGAGAACCUCCGUCUGAGAGCCAUACUCGCCGACAAUCUUGCGAUCCUGCAAACCAUCUAUGAUUCGCCGACUCUCUCCAGCGAUUGCCCUCCCGAUUUGCAUUCCCGCCUUUUAGCUGCAGUUGAGAACUCGAGCUUUCUGGGAGAACUUGAAUUGCUUCGUAAAGGGUCAAAAGACAUUCCGAAUUGUGGAAUCCCAGCAGCCGAAACGAAAGGUGCCGAGCUGAAUGGUGUGGAAGUUCCGAUCAAGAUUGAUGAUGGGGAACCUAGUUGGUGGGUUUGGAUAACGCAUGAAAUCACUCCAGAUUGUUUGGAAGAAGUCAGCAGGAUUGACAAUGAAAAUUAUGUUAUCAUUAGUGAAGAAAAUGUAGUUGAUGGAAUUUCAAACUUCAUUGCAAGGUGCAUUUUGGAACACCCAGAAUCUAAGAUAUUGUCCCCAGAAGAGCUGCAAAAAGCUGUGGUGAGGGCCAUGGAUAACACGAAAGAUAAGAGGAAAUGGAAGCACAUUUGGGAGGCUGGGAAAGUCAUUUAUACCUUGUCGACCUGGGGUAUUGCUUUAGCAGGGUUAUACAGGCAAAGGGCUCUCCUGAAAGCUGCAGCAAGGGGGGUCAGCGCAUCCGCCAACUUCGUUCUCAAGGCCCUCUAGAAUCCAUUGAACUGUAUGAUCACUACUACUUCUGCAAUCGCUGUUUCUUCAAGUUAUUGUGCAUCGUGUACAGUGAGUGAUCUGAAUGUUGUCUAGUUUACCCAUCAAAACUAAUGUUUGAGAAGACGGUGUAUUUUAUCCACAAAUUGAAAGCAUGGUCACUUUAUUGUGUC